GUUCGAGCCAUACAGAGGUGGGGGUCGGCCACCACUGUUAGAACAUAGGAAGGCUGGGUCCCGAGGAGCCUGCAGGGGACGAAGCGGCCCCCUUCCUUAAGGCUUGCCAAGAGCUGGCGCAUAAGUAGUGAAGAUUUGGGGUACUAUCGGUCCUGUAGCUGACAUUCAUUCAUCGAUGAGAAAACGCAGCUCGCUACUGAACCAGUUUGGUUUAUAGAGUGCAGAACUUUUAGAAAAGAAACUGGCAGUAUCGGCAGGUUGGAACAAUGGGAAAAUCUAGCGUGAGAACCCCGUUGCUGAAUGCGGACCUCGAGGCUCAAACUCCCCGGGCCGGAGCCGCGAGAGAGAAAGGGAAGGCAGCUAAUGCAACAGCGGACUAUGUGUCUCUGCCUGGUGCAGCAUCGAUCGUGAGUCGGUCCCAAGGGCCGACUCUUCCAGGGCCAAGAGCGCCAGCACCAGCACCAGCACCAGGUCCUGCAGAGACGUCAUCGGCGGCACCCAAGAACAACUCAGCUUCAUUGAGCACGCUGUUGAUGAUCGCCGUUUGCUGUAUCGCCACAGUCAUAUAUCUAAGCGCUCCUUUCGUCGCUGAACCUUACGACGGCAACAAUCCCUCACAGGAUGACGCAAAGAAUGCUUUCUACAAAGCAUCUCGCACUGGCUACCACUUCCAACCAGAAAAAAACUUCAUGAAUGAUCCUAAUGGACCGAUGUAUUACAAGGGCUACUACCACAUCUUCUAUCAGUACAAUCCGAAGGGAGCAGUGUGGGGGAACAUCUGCUGGGGCCACGCUGUGUCGACCGACCUGGUGCACUGGCAGUACCUGGAGCUGGCCCUGGUGCCAGAUCAGUGGUACGACAUCGAGGGAGUGUGGUCCGGCUCGGCAACCAUUCUCGAGGACGGGACGCCGGCUAUAAUGUACACGGGCUCACGCAAUGGACAGCACCAGUCGCAGAGCAUGGCCAUCCCAGUGGAUCCUUCCGACCCACUGCUCCGCAAGUGGAAAAAAGUGCCAGAAAACCCACUGCUGCUCAAUCCGACCGGAAUCAGCCCUCACGACUUCAGAGAUCCCACCACCGCGUGGCUCGAGUCCGACGGCCUGUGGAGGAUCACCAUCGGAGCGAAAGUGGAAAAAACCGGAAUCGCCUUGCUUUACACCAGCCGAGACUUCAGGCACUGGGAACUGCAGGAUACUUGGCUCCACCACGUCAAUGCCACGGGCAUGUGGGAGUGCGUCGAUUUCUACCCCGUCUUGGAGGAAGGCAAGCUCGGAGUCGACCACUCGAUUCUGUUGGGCCCCAAGAGCGAGCAGCUCAACGCUGAGCUCGGCGGAGAACAGCCCCCCUUCUCGGACACCUUCAAGUACGUGUUCAAGGUCAGUCUGGACGACACGAGGCACGACCACUACGCCAUCGGCAAUUACUCCACGGCUACUCACAAGUUCGUCACGGACCGUCCCGGCAUUGGACCCCGAUACGACUACGGCAAAUUCUACGCGUCCAAGACCUUCUACGACUCCAAGACUUCGAGGCGUAUUCUUUGGGGCUGGGCCAACGAAUCUGACAGCGAGCAAGACGAUAUCACCAAAGGAUGGGCCUCCGUUCAGGCACUUCCCAGGACCAUCUGGUUGGACGCCAAGACCGGAUCGAACAUUCUUCAGUGGCCAGUCGAGGAGGUGGACCGUCUGAGAGGAGGAUUGACUUCCCACGACAGCACCGUGUUGGAACCCAGAGACAUUUUCAAAGUGAAGGGAGGAGAUGGACCUCAGUUGGAUAUUACGGUCGUCUUCCAGAAACCAGACGUGACCACCGUGGAUCGCGUCGUCCCCGACGAGGAAUUCGAUUGUAGCCAAGGAGGAUCCGCUCACCGUGGUGUGUUCGGUCCUUUUGGUCUCCUCGUCCUCACGGACGACAAUCUGAUCGAGCACACUGCUGUGUUCUUCUACAUCACGCCAAUGAAGAGCGGCGCAUGGACCACGAGGGUGUGCAGCGACCAGAGCAGAUCCUCUCUGGCACCCAAUCUUGACACCACGGUGUAUGGUAGCUUCGUCAACAUUCUGCCAACGGAAGACACUCUCGAACUGCGUGUUCUGGUGGAUCACUCGAUCGUGGAAACAUUCGUGCAAGGCGGCAGGCUGGCCAUCACAUCAAGAGUGUAUCCUACGCUAGCCAUCAAUGAGAAAUCGAGAUUGUUCCUCUUCAACAACGGGACGCGACCCAUCACGGUGAAGAGUGUGGACGUCUACCAAAUGAGCUCCGUGGCGAUGCACGCCAUCUGAGGAAGUCCAAACGGAGGGCACACGCCACGCCCUUCACACAUCUUCUCCUCCAGCUUCUCCUCCACGACUAUGUCACCUUCUGACUCGCAACGACCGAUCCACCAGGUGACGGAGACGAGGCCGACUGUAAUUUUACCCCAUCGCCCGACGCGUAUAUCGGAAAAUUCCGCAGGAUCGAGGCUAUCUCUCGACCACAAAAGACCAACACAAAACACUAGAGAAGUAUACAUUAUACCUCAAAAGCAAAAUGCAUAGCUUGAAGCUUGUAGAUUCUCCUUUCGCUCACACAGAGACACCAACAGAUCGACCAUCUAAGCCACCAUCGGGUGACUAUCGAGGACUAUGACGUGGUCACUGACUUGGGUGACCACACUGCGGCAAACAUUUCAGAGAUCUGUACCCACAGGCUUAGCAUCUUAUCUUUCAUCGUGGGACGGGGGAGGCUGUAGGAUUACUAGACAAAGAUAAAGAAGCAGCAGCUACCGUAGGAAGACGCAGCAGAGGUUCACCCGCUCACCGAGAAUCGAAGCUCUACGCGCUUCGCAGCUCAAGUUGUGUUUUCUAGUCCCGUGGACUAGGAAGGCGUUAUACGAUACGAAUGAGUAUCAUAGUCGGCUCGCGAUAGCUCGCCUGAAGGUGACAAGGAGUCAUCACUAGAGAUGUGUGGCUGCCACCAGCGGCAGCAGGUGUAAUCGGCCUAUCAUAUUCAGAAAAGAAAAUGUAAUGAAGUCCGGAUCAUCAAGAGUGAUCUCUUGAAGCCAUCACUCGUCGUCUCCACUCCUUGUUCUCUAGAUUUCUGUUCAAGGCGGUGAGUCGUCGCGUCAUCGCAAUUUUCUUCUCUGACAGUAUCU